UUCGUUUUUAUUCUGGGAACUAUAUCAUCUGUUUUGAAGAAUCAUAAGUGGUGGUUCUCAACUUGUUUAUGUGGUUCUCUUGUGUCAGCUAAUAAACAAAUUUUAUCAUGUGAUCUAUGUCAACUUCAAUGCAUUGAUGCUGUCCCAAGGUGUUUUGUUCUUUAAUUUUAUUCUGUUUUGGUAACUAAUUAUUAUUUCAAUGUUAACUCAAAUUUUCCUUGUUUUCUCCUGGUUUUCAAGAUUCUACUUGAAGAUUGUAGUGUCUCAUGCAAAUGGAAAUAAUAUAUUUGUUCUUAUAGAUCGUGAGGUCGUGCAAAUAAUAAAGACAAGAUGCUCGAGCUUUUUGGAUAAUCACCCAAAGUUGAAUCAGGGAUCUUAUUGCAAAGUUGUUCCAUUGAAACUCAUUUCAAGUCUUUUGCACAAAAAAGUUGUAUUCAUGGUUGAUGUUAGGCCUGUGGGUUAUGAGAUGAAUCGAUCUGUGUAUAUUGUUCAACAGAUUUGGGAUGAUGCCUCCGUUAUUAAUGUUUUUGAGGCUACUGCUGAGAUGAAUGAGCAUAAGAUUCAUGAUCUGGUUGAUUUUAUGCCUGAAGUUGAAGAUGCUUUCAGCCAAUGUGGAAGCGAUCAUGAGGCUGUGGAGGAUCUGCAUGCUUUUUAGUUUGAUCUUCAUGCUUUUUAGUUUAAUAUGUUCAGAUACUACUUUAAAUUAUUGUUUGAUUUGUAAUACAAUGUUAGUGUCUUUUGAAUUCUA